UAAAAAUCAACGUUAAACUAUGCAAAGAAUAAAAACAAGAACAAGAAGUACAAUAAAAACUGCAGGUCUGAGCUGCUUAGGUCUUUAGUAAAUCAUGGAAAGUUUGCAUCUGCGCCACGUUCCUUGAAUUAGUUAUCUGCCAUCGCUUACAAGUUUUACAACUGUCAAUGCCCACCAACAGUAAGCUAAAAUCAUCAUUCAUCUGUCCUAUCAGAGCGCGCACCAGCAGAGUCACGUGGAAGACUUUUAAUGUCUGAUUCGCCCGCGGUAAGAUGAGAGAGAAACUUCUGGCUCUUCACUGAAGAAAAUGCGAGUCUGUGCGUAAAACUCAGCUUACCAGCGGAUGCGUAGCGUCAGCGGAACCACAACGAUGACACUGAUCUUCAUCAAGUGAACACACGCAAACAUUAAAAAAGCAGCGGGGAGAACGGCGGGGGAAAGUGGUUGCAUGGCACCGCAGUCGUGCGUAAUGAAUCCUGCGCAAGGAUCACCGGCCUUGGACACAUCGCGUCAGGAUACAGCCGCUGGAGAAACUGGAGCCGAGGAGUUAGACAUGGCACCCAGAAGGAGCUGUAAAACCAAAGGUUUCGAGCUGCCUUUCAGUGUGGAAUCCCUCAUAUCGGACAGGACCUCUCCGUGCAGCAGCUCCUGCUCCUCUGACCUUAAGUCAGGCUCCGUCCGCACAGAGGAGACCGAGUGUGCGUCACCGAGAGGGAUCUGUGGGUCCAAACUGGAGGCGGUGGAUCUUAGCGACAAGGAGAGGACCUGGCUCCAGGAUCCAUACCAUGCACACACAGGAAUCCCCAGCCCCACUACGUGCAACCUGCGGAAACACAAGAACAACAGAAAACCCAGGACCCCCUUCACCACAUCCCAGCUGCUCUCUCUGGAGAGGAAGUUCCGUCAGAAACAGUACCUCUCCAUCGCGGAGAGAGCAGAGUUCUCCAGCUCCCUGAACCUCACAGAGACCCAGGUCAAAAUCUGGUUUCAGAACCGCCGAGCCAAAGCCAAGAGACUGCAGGAGGCCGAGCUGGAGAAGAUAAAGCUGGCCGCAAAGCCGCUGCUGCCGGCGUUCGCCUUCCCCUUCCCGCUGAGCGCAGCGCCUCUGUACGGAGCUCGGCCUGCUUUCCCCGUACCCGGACUACUCAGCAGGCCUUACGGGAUGUAUUACUUGUCAUAACUAAAAUCAAGGCGCUACGUUGGAAAAGCGUUAAUCAAAUGUUUUUAGAAAGAAAAUAACAAUGUCACAAAAAAUAUCCUUCCCGAUAAAUCUGUUUUUUUCCUCUUUUCUUUUUUUUAUUUUUAAAGUUCUUGUAAGUUCAAUGGCAUUUAUAUCGUUAUAGUUGGUGUGAGAAAUAUUUUUACAUAUAUAUAUUUUACAAGCGUGGUCUACCUUAUUUGUUUGAAGACAAAUUUGAAAGAGUAAUAGAUUUUAAAGAAAUCACCCUGGAUGACGUUUAUAAAAAGAUUAAUUAUUUUUAGCCCAGCAAACUUGUUUUCCAUAGUGGGCUUUUGCGCAUAUUUUACGCAAAAGAUGAAAAUUAAAUCGCACUCCGCUGUGUUGUAAGCGGUUUAACUUACUAAAAUAAUAAGAAUUCCAAUAGUUGCAGUUACUCUUUUUUUUUUAUUUUGAAAGGCCAACUUGUUCAGGAUUGAGAAUAUUUUUUACAAAGGUAUCCAGACUUGCAUGUUUGACGUUUCAGAGCUUUAGAAAAUGUUUUUCCUGAGGCCGUAACAAAGUACCACGUUUCCUACUUUUUAAAGAACUCUGCUGUCUUAUUUACCCUCGUUAGGAUUAACAAAUUACAUGGAAGUAACCCUAAAACAGAGACUAAAACUGGCAGUGUAGUUGUGCUUUGUGGCUCAUAAAGGCACCACGACCAAUAUAUUUUAACUUCAAGAAUAAAACAAAAAGAACAUUUACAAGUAGGGUCCAAAUCAUGAUUUCCAGUACUGUGGGAAAAUAUUUCUGAACUAUGGAUUGGAAAAAUGGCAGUCUUAAGUAUUCCUUUUUAAGCCUGUAUAAGAAGUGAAGGCCAGAACAUCUCAUCCUCCUUUUUCUUAAUACAAAGACUAAAAAUUGACUAAACAAAUCUGACACCAAACCGGUUGCAGCCGUCAAUAGAACCGGUUUUUAAAAAUAGAGAGAAUCAUUUUAAAGUGAUAUGGAUUUUUUUGUGUUUUGAAAGAUGGUCUACAUUUUAAAACACUGCUGUUAGACCCAAAAUUAUUCACACCCUUUGCCAGAUUAUUUAAAAUUAUUCUCAUUCAUCCAAAAAGUUUGCUCCUGGUUGCAAACGAGACAAGUAUCUCUUAAAACAUGAUAAAACAGAAUAAAAGGAGUAACAAUUUAACAGAAAACUAUUAUGAAAAAAAGGUCUAAUUGAAAAUUAUUUAUAGUCGCUUCUAUAAUCUGUACUGGCAUCAUAGCGUCAAACCCUAUAUAGCUGUUGACCAGUUUCUUGGUUGUUUCUAUUGAUCUUAUGAGGAUUCAUCUUUGGUCUUCUGAGUUUCUCUGUCAGAUUCAAACUUCUGGCCCUAAAAUAUUUAUAUUUUGGAGCUUGGCUGCUCCAAAACAUAAAUAUUAUUUCUAGGCAGAAGAAAAGUGUCCACUAGGGUUAUAUAUAAAUAAUUGAGGACCUAAUUGACUUAACAAGACACACAAGCAUCAAAGCUGAACAGCUGGUAUUAGUACAUACUAUCACAGAUGAGUAACUUUUGACAGAUUUUACUGAAUAUUUAAAGUUGCACUUGAGUUGAAAGGGGUUCAACGUUAAUCUUUUGGGCCCGAGCAAGCACUGCAUGGGGUUCGAACUCAACCUACUAGCUUAAAUAAAUAACUUUUCCCUUUCUCAAUGCCAAAUGGAAGGGCUGCUUUCUUACUUUUCACUAUCUGGGAACAACUUUUGUUUUGUUUUUUUUAAACACACCUUAAACAAUCUGCUGCUGCUAAACAGACUACAAGUAAAACCAUGCAAAAUAAAUAGCCACAGAAAUUUACUCACUUAGAAACUUUCGGAUCAGGUGUGUUAAUAUGUGAUGUGCAACAGCUUGUAUUUUGGAUUUAGAUUUUAUCCUGACUUUAUAACGAUUAGGACAAAAUAGAAAAACAAGCUGAAAAACUGAUCGGGAUAUUGAUAUCUAAAGGGAGUCUGAUUGAUUUUCCAUAAAGUUUGUUUGUUAGCUUUGACACUUGUGGUUAUGAGUGUUUUACUGGUUUUCACAGCAAAAUGUUCCUUAAUUAAUUGCUGUCAUUUCACACAACCACAAUAUAUUCUGAAGUGAAACUUUAACCCAUAAAUCCCUGUCUAUUUCAGCAAUACAAAUGAAACCAUACAUUUUCCUCAUGUUUUAUUUUUCUAAAAAAAAGGGAUUGAUUUCAGAACUUUCAAUUUAGUUUAUAAAAUAUAAUUACAAAUAUUCUGGUUUGCUUUUUUUGCAUCCAUCAAUCCCACUGCAGUCAUUAAUGUACAGUGUAUUUUAUAAGGCUGAGAACACAAUUUGUAUUAAAGUCUAUUAUAAAAAAAUGCAAA